AUGGCAAAGACACUCUCCUUCUUCGCCGCCAGUCUGGCUUUGUUCGCAUCCGCUCUCGCGGCUCCGGCACCUGCGGCAUCGUCAAACAUGCUCUACAUCGUCACCCUCCCAACCGCUACUUACACCUUUCCCAACCUCGCGCCAGCCGGCAGAGUCGACAUGGCCGCCUACAGCACCGUCAGCGCCCAAGUCCGCAUCAAAGACCUCCCCACCAUCCUCAAAGCCCGCGAGGCUGAAGCGGACGCCGACGAUGACGAAGAUGCUUCUUCCCUGCCGGUGUUCACGCAUGGCGAUGUGACGUUUACGUUUCCAAAUCUCGCGCCGGCGGGGACGGUGAAUAUGGCGGUCUACAGCACCGGGAGCGCUCAAGCCGCCGUCACCGACCUUCCUACUAUCCUCAAAGCCCGCGAGGCUGAUGCCGACGCCGAUGCUUCAUGA